AUGAAUUAUUUUCAAUUUUAUGAAGAAUCUCAAUCUAUUGGUAUUACGAAUUAUGAAGUAAUAGUCAUUAACGAUGAAGGAGAAUCAUCAUACGAUUUAAAGAAUUUAGAUAAAUCGAUGAGAUUAGAAGAAGUGCGUCAACAUUUAUUUUUUAAUAAAAAUGUAUUAAUGGGUCAGAAUGCAAAUUUUUGUUAUGAAGACAAGAGUAUAAUAUCUAUUACUGUUGAAAAUAAUAUUGUGUUUAAAAAAAUAUUGUUUCAAAAAGAUGAAUCCUUUGCUUUUUACAUAAAAAAAGACCAAUCAAAGCCUAGCUUUCCAGAAAUUGCACAAAGACUUGAUUUAGUUAAAGGUCUUAAAAGACAAGAAGAUGGUACUAUAGUUUCUGCAAGUGCUCAAGCACUUCGUAUAAAAAAUUCACACAUUCUAAGCAUUACCACUGAGAAUGAUUUUGAACGUGUUCAAAGAAGUACAAAUAAAAGCUUUGAGCAGCUUUGGAUAAAAAGUUUUGAGGAAAAGCUUAGUAAUUUACUGAAUAAUUUUGAAAAUCAAGGAACAUUAUUGAAUAAAUAUGAGAUAAUGUAUUAUUGGAGAUGUUCCAUCCGAUUAUCACAUCUUGAUUUAGAACCGACUGAAGAGUAUGUUGAAGCUGUUAAAAACGCGUUAGACAAAAAAUUAAGUAAAGUACAAAGAAGAAAGGAACUGAAUAAAGUUGGUGAAAAAUAUGGUUUUUUUUUUGCGCAGGAAAUUAAACUUGGCGGAAAACUCCUCCAAGUAGUCAAAAAUCAAACAGAAGGAAUUAUGCAACAUCAAUUAAACGAUCAGGAAGUUAGCGCCGAUAAACUUAAAGUACUAGGUGGUGAUGUUGAAAAGAUUGCAAGAUAUAAUAAUAAAUCAGAAUGGUUAGAAUCCUUGAAGUUUUGUAAUAAUUGUGAAAUUAUCAUGUAUAAUGAUAAAUUAUCACUUUAUGAGUUACUUCCAGAAAAAUUGAAAUUAAAAGUGAGAAGAGUUAACAGUUUGAAAGUAUUUUAUUCAAAUGUCUUGACUACUAAUUAUUUUAGAGGUCAUUUUAUAACUAAAGUUCCCAAACCACCAAGUAUUUCAACGUUUAAAGGUUAUAAAAUAUUUGCAUCUGUUUUUAAUGCAGUAAAUAGAGAACCUUUCAACACAUUUAGCAUUAGAAUAGAUUAUCCAGAUUCAGAUAAUCCAUAUUUUGUAAUUCAUUGUCUUGAGCCAGUUACGGAAAAUUCAACACCAAUUAGCCUUUUAAUACCUUGGAUGGUUAUUGGAUAUGAAGAAAACCUUCCAUUUGAACCGUUUUCAAUUAACUCUGCAAGCUAUAUAAAAUAUAUUUGGACUAAAAAUCAUGAUGAAGCAGAGAUAGAAAUUCCAGGGUUAAUUACACAAAAACAUUGUUGGGUAGGAACUUGUGUUUUGCACUAUGAUGAAAAUCCAGGAUAUGAUUCAAGAAGAUCAGAAAUAGCAACUAGCUAUCAUUUUUGUCAAAAGGGAAACUAUAUGUCUAUAUGCUGCAAUCAACACAAUCUUUCAACAAACUCUACUAAUUUUACGGGUCGUAAACUAAAAUUCAAAAUUAAUUGUGCAAUUAUUUUUAAUGCGGAUGAUCCUGCCACAUCUCGCCCUCUUAUUGUAGAACCAGAAGGACAAAUCUGGGAGAGCAGAGAAAAUUGGAAACAACAAUCAAAGAGCAAAGAUAAUAUUUUUACUAUACGCAGAUGGUUAUUACCUAAAGAUGAAAGGCUUAUAUUUGCGAGUCUUUUGGGUUCAAAUUCUUAUAAACAACGGUGUCAUCCUUUUUUUUUAAACAUUAAUCAGGACCAUUUUAUAAUUAAAUCAUUAGAAAACUUGGCUAAUCAACCUAUAAAUCAGGUUAAUUAUGUUGCUAUGCCAAAAAUAGAAAGGAAUGAAAAUAUACCAAAGGAAGAGAUUUCUCAGCCUAUUUCUAUUUCUAGCAGUCAUGACAACCAUUUACACCCUAACUUUAUCGAAAAUGCCAUAAGAUUUCUCAAAUUAAACAAUGGUUUAAUCAUUGAAUCACGAGAUAUAUAUACUGCAACAAACCGUGCAUUCAAUUUUGAUCAAAGAAUAACAACAAGCAUUGAAAAAUGUUACAUAAAAAUAUCAAUGCCUAAAGAUAGAAAAGAAUUAUUUUUGUUGAAGAAUCACAUAGAUAUUAUUUCUUUUCAAUUGUUACCCCAAAAAUUAAUCCAAAUUAUGCUGAAACCUAACGUUUUUGAUGAUGAUUCGUCUUUUGAUCAUGUUCACUUUGAGGUUCAUUAUCCAAAAGUUGAAUUAAGUCUUGUGAAGGAGACUAUUAAACCAACAAAAGAAAUAAAAAUAGCAGUAGAUGAUGCAUUAAAUAGCAAUAAACCAUAUCGAGAACUAAUUAAAAUAUUCGAUACAUUUGGCUUUUUAAUAUCUCAAAAACUUAUGCUUGGACAAAAACUGUACAGAACAUUUUAUGGGGCAUCUUAUUCUCAGCAAUUAAAGACUAAGAAAAUUUUUUUUCAGAAUUAUCUACUAAAUUUAAAUGAUCUUUUUGUUCUAUGGGACAAUCAGUAUAGAUUUGAUGAAAUAUAUUUGAUGACAACAGAUGGAAAAUCAAUUGAAAAAAAUAAUAUUGAAAAAUGGUCAAAUGAUCAUUCUAAACAAGACUUUAAAUUAUUACAUAUUAUUAAUCGUAGUGAAUUCAUACCAAUUUAUGAAAUAUUCGAAAAGUCAAUAAGCCAUAAAAUUAAAACAAUUUUAGGAAUAGAUAAUCUUCCAAAGAUACUUAUGACAGGAGUUGUGCAGGUCAUUAAAAAUGUUAAAUAUUAUAAAAUAAACUUCCCAUUUAGUUUAGAAAGUAAUAAUUACCAUAUUUUCGCAAAGGUAAUUAGAUCUAAUGAUAAACAGUCUUUUGAUAAAUCUAUCGUAAAAAUACAAUCUGAAGAUAAGACUGGCUUUCUAGCAAUAAUUGAAAAGUUUGAUCAAAUCGAAAGUAUAGACCUAACAGACGUGCAAAUAAUGUGGAUGUUGGUUGGUUUUCCGGACGAAGUGGAUUUUUAUAGUAAGCAUACACGAGAUUUAUCGAUACUAAGCAUGGAAAGUAAAGACAUCGUUCUAGAUGAAAAUAAUAACAAGCAAGUAUUAAUAAACGUUCCAAGCAAUUUACCAAAAAACUCAAUAAUAGCUUUAUCAUUUGAUGAAUCUGAGAAUAAUGAAUCUGAAAGCGAUGAAUCAGAAGAUGAAUAUUUAAGUAAUAUGCCUGAAUAUGAAAUUAAGCAUUCUCUUCGUUCAUGUAUAUUUGCUUUUGAUAAAGAAUUUAUAGAAGCUGAUAUACCGACUAGCAAAUGUAAACAUAUUUAUUUAAAAGCAUUGGGCUUAUUAAUUAGUUAA